AUGUCGAUUACCAGCCAAAGCGAUGUGAGAUGGUCUGGUAGUAAUAAUCGUUCCUCUAAUCGCCGCAAUUCUCAGAAUCGACCGGUCAGUGAAGGAAUAGAAACAUACAAAAGAUCCUAUCGGGAUGCUAAUUCAAUCUAUCCACCAUUUUGUCGCAAGUUAGAAUUGAAUAUACCAGAUUACAUCCCCGAAGGUGAUAUCGAAUUUCCCUUUGAAGAUAUUGAUGAUAUCGGUGAUGAGAAUAAAAUUCGUGGUAAUUGGUCCUCGAGGAUGGAUUACCUCCUUUCGGCUGUUGGUUUUAUAUUUAAUUUGGGAAAUUUAUGGAGGUUUCCAUAUUAUUGCCGAAUAAGUGGUGGUGGAUCAUUUUGUUUUUGCUACAUUGUCCUAAUGUUAAUUGCGGGUGUGCCUCUUUUGUUGAUGGAACUUGCAUUAGGCCAGUUUCCAAGCGUGGGAUGCCUUUCGGUAUGGAAAGUUGUUCCAUUAUUUAAAGGUAUUGGUAUUGCAAUGUUCAUGGUAUCAUGUAUUGUAUGUGUAUAUUAUAGUGCCGUUGCUGCAUGGACAAUAUCUUAUUUUAUCAAUUCGUUCAAAUUUGCUUUACCAUGGGCCACAUGCAGUAAUGACUGGAAUUCGAUGAAAUGCUCAGUUUGGAAUCGGGACAGUGUUGCCAGUUGCUUUUUGCAGAACGGUACGUUACUUCGUAAUGGUUCCUGCGUUAUUGAUAAGGAGUAUUUGAGUGGUAAUUCAUCGAUUUUGGAAAUUUCAUCAUUUGAUAUCGAUGAACAUGUAUUACCAAGUGCAGAGUACUUACAUAAUGAAGUGUUGUUGAUGUCAGAUCGUUUCGAUAAAGUUAGUCCCAUUAAUUGGCAUCUCGCACUCUAUUUAUUAAUAGCUUGGUUUAUCGUUUUCUUAUCUGCUUUCAAAGGAGUGAAAUCGUCCGGAAAGGCUGUUUAUGUUAUCGUUAUAGCAUCAUAUAUGGUACUGUUCGUUUUAUUCGUUCGUUUUUUGACGUUACCGGGUUCUAUCAGUGGUCUCAUUUAUUUUUAUACACCAACAUGGAAAUUCUUAGCUGAUUUGACGGUAUGGGGUACAGCAGCUGGGCAGGUAUUUUAUUCCCUGUUAUGUUGCACUGGUGGUUUGGUGACACUUGCGAGUUAUAGCAGAUUUCAUAACAACAUUUUAAAAGAUGCUUGGAUUUUGUGCAUUGUCGAUAUUAUAACAUCAUUGUUCUGCGGAGCAUUAGCAUCAUCAGCUGUUGGGUUUUUAUGUUAUGAACUGGAACUUCCGAUUGAGAGAUUCAGUUUCAAAGGUGGCGCGCAACUUAUAUUUGUUUAUCUGCCGGAAGCAAUUGCAAAGUUGCCAGUUGCACCAAUUUAUUCUAUAUUAUAUUUUGCAAUGAUUAUGGCAGUAAUUCUAACAACAAUGAAUAUAACAAUGGAAACGAUCGUGUCAGCGAUUUGUGAUGAAUUUCCCGAACGUUUGCGACGUAAUCAUCGGCAUGUUUUAGCCUUUUCAUGUGUCAUAUUUUACGCACUUGGUAUACCUCUCUGCGCUGCUGCUGGUUUUUACUGGUUGUUGCUGUUGGAUUAUUUUACAACGACCUGGACAUUAGUCUUAUUAGCAUUUCUGGAAUGUAUGGCUAUUUCGUGGGCAUACGGAGUUGAUAAUUUUUUGGAUAACGUUAAAUGGAUGAUUGGUUUUUAUCCACCACCAUAUAUUGUAUGGAAAAUUUUAUGGAAAUUUGUUUGCCCAUUUAUAUAUCUUGCACUGCUAUCGUUAGCUUGGUUUGCUUACAAACCUAUAGAAUAUGAAAAAUACAAAUAUCCGAUGUAUGCAGAACGUAUUGGUUGGGGUAUUUCGCUAGCACCUUUGAUUGCUAUUCCAGUAACAGCGGUAGUGAAAUUUUGUUCAACGAAGGGAACAUUUAUACAGCGAUGGUUGGAUCUGUUUUGUCCAGAGAAUGAAUGGGGUCCAGCAUUAGCUAUUCAUCGUGCUGAGUAUUAUCCAUUGCAAAUCCCUGAGGCUAGACGGCUCAUUUUACCGCCACAGAAAGAGCCAACUAAUGGUUACGAUGGUUUUACAUGUUCUAGUGAAAUUGUUGAAAAACACAAAGAAAUAAAUUCAAUUUCGGAACGCCACAUUGGAAAGAUGAGUUUCUUACCUACAUUCGAGCGUGAAACUGCUAUUUGA